UUCAGUCAUUCAGUGAAUUCUUUUGUAACAAUGUAACAUGAGAAGGAAUUAUGCAUGUUAAAUAGAAUGAAAACUAUCUCCAAUACAGAUUAAGAUCAGUAUACAUUCUUUGCCUUGUUAAGAAGAUUCACAUUUCAUGAAUGAGAGUUGUGUAGAGAGGAAGUAUUUUCAAUUAUAGUCAGUUUAAAAAUCAAGAUCGUGAAGAAACAUUGCAUAGAUUACUAGUACACCUACCUGUAGACAACAAUGGGAAACUGUUCAGGCAAACAAAAGUAUGCGCUGAAGUCUCCGAUACAUCACUCAGGUCGCCGGAAGGUCUACCAGGCACAAGACCAGUUUGUACGGAACCUUGUAACCGAGGGAGACGGGAAUGUGGACGUUCCAGAUGGCACUGCGGGGGCAAACGAUGGAGAUGAGGACUCCAUUGGGCCUGAAAGGACGAGGCUGUCCAGUAACCCGGACUGGAAUUGUGACGAUUUGGUCCCACUUGAUAUGACGCUGGGGCCUCAACGUAGACCAAUUUUGAGUUCAGUUCUCAGUCAUGAUGAGUAUUAUAACCCAGAGGUUGAUAGCAAAGCACAGCAAGUGAACAUCAAUGAUUAUGAUUUCCACUUCGAAAACCUAAUCUUCGAAGGGGGAGGUAACAAAGGACUGGCCUACUGUGGAGCAGUCAGGGUAUUGGAGGAUCUAGGUGUUUACCACAAAGUGAAGCGCUAUGCGGGCUCCAGUGCGGGGGCCAUGACCGCCUCUCUGCUGGCUGUUGGCUACAACUCCCAUGAGAUUGAAGAGUUUCUCAGUCAAGACCUCUCCAAGAUAUUUCUGGACCAUUCCUGUGGGAUCAUGUCCCUGCUUCCCAAUCUCCUACAGGGCUACGGCUGGAACCCAGGAAAGAAAAUCUUCCAAUGGUUUGGGGAAGCCCUAGGGGCAAAAACAGGCAAUGCUGAUAUUACCUUCAAAGAGAUCUAUGAGCGAUUUGGCAAAGAGCUGUGUGUGGUGGUUACCAAUCUGAACAUGAUGACUGCCGAAUACUUCCACCCCAAAACAUCACCUGACAUGCCUGUCAGGAUGGCUGUACGCAUGUCCAUGGCUAUCCCAGGCCUAUUCCAAGCCAGCCGCUAUGAGAUCCAGGGAGAACAGAACACGUACGUUGAUGGAGGUGUGCUCUGUAACUAUCCAAUCAACUGCUAUGAUGGCUGGUGGUUGUCAAUGAAAAUGGAGGACAGCUUCCUGAACAGACUGCAGCCCCUGGAGAAUUUCCCUAAACUCUUUGAGAAGAAGGAGCGAUUUGGAACAUACAACGCGAACACGCUUGGCUUCCUCUUGUAUGCUGACAAUGAGCGUGACAUUCUGCGUGACAUUCUACAGCAACGGGUUGGCUCUGAGCUUCCAGCCUUCCCUGAUACCAAGCUGGCUAAGGAGAAGGCAAAGAAGAAGAAGAUACAGGACAAGGUGAAGAAGGAUUACAUCAAAAACCUGCAUGCUGUCAGUGCGUUCCUCAAGGUGUUAAAGAAGCACAAUAAGAACAACGAUGACAAAAUCGACAAGGCUGAACUAACCAACGCACUAAAUGAUAAAAACGAGUUCCCGACCCGCUAUGCGGUGCGUCUGUUUGGCAGGGAUGUGACCGUAGAUCAGGCGAUGGAGGCACUGGAUGAAGAUAAAAAUGGGGAGAUUUAUUUCCAUGAGAUUGUGCGCUUCAUAGAGCGAAACGGCGUGUCCCUGCAGUCUCGUUUUCUUGGUUACCAAAGGAAGGAGAUUAAAGGCCUGUUCUCAUUCUUCGACACUCUUCAGUCUGCCUUGCUUACAAACGUGAAACGCAUCUUUGUGGAGGAGCGAGACAUUGACCGGACAGUAGGGAUUAACACCGGCCAUGUUGGGACUUCAGAUUUUGUUCUCGAACAAGAAGACAGAAAUUUUGUUGUCAAUCAAGGAAGACGGUCUACUGAAGCAUUCCUUAAGUAUUACGUUGUUAGAGAGGGUCUUCCCAAGAAAGGCAGAGAGACAGAUGAACAACAGGCAAAGCCUUUCAACGGUCAUGCGAAUUCAGGCAUUGGAAGACCACAGGAAUUUUCUUCCAUGAAGGUCUCAGCAGAGAUGAAUAUGUCACAGAGUUCGCAAGACGACCCGACGUUAGAAAAAGGUGAUUUCGACACUUCACAUAUUCCACUAAUUGGGGUCAAGGUUUCUUGAGAGGUUGCUUUGAGCUCUGUCGGCUUUUGCAAGAUUGUAAAAAAAUUAGGUUUACAGUCAAAAUGUUUGAAAAAGACCAUAAACAAAGAACUCUUGCAGGGAGAUGUCAAUGUCAAUGUGAAGGACAGUAGAGGGUUUAAAGAUUAGCCAAAGGAAAGGCAUUUUUUGGUGAUUGUUUGUGCCUUUUUGUAGUAAAUCCUAAUUGUUCAUUUUUUAACACCUGAGCAUGAAGCUUUUAGUUUGUGAGAGCAUUGCUUCUAAUCCAUUUUACGCAAUUAAAUGUGCUUGGCAGAAACUUUACAUUUUAUUCCAUCAUUUGGACAGUUUUUGGUAUGACAAAUAUUGGCAAUGUUAUUAUCCUCUUAUGGACUGAAAUAAAAUGCAAAAUUAACUCUGUCAACUAUUUAAUGUUUUAACGCUUGUUGACUAAACCUGCACAGUUUUUGAGCUAGAUUAUCUUAUUUCAAAUCAGCCAGGUUAAACAGGCACAUACAUGUAUUGCUUUUUCCUCUUGUUUUGAAGAAAACUUUCAAAAGAGCUUUCACUUGUAACUGUGUUAUUUACAAAAUAACAAUUUCAAAAUGUUUAUGUAUAUGAAAUUCGGCAAAAUAUUUAAGACACUGAGUCAUUUUAUAAACAUUUUGUGCUUUAGGUAAGAUUUAUUCUACUUUAAGUUUAUUGAUGUUAUGUUCUAUAUGCUUUAAAAUGGAUUUGAACCAUAUACAAAAAUAUUUACAUUAUGUAUGUGUCAUAGAUAUAUCGAUCAUUUUCAAUGUUUUUGGACCAAGCUUUGCUUUUUUGCACUUAAAUGUUGGGGCUUAAUUCAAUUUACAUGAUUUUUUUAUCACGAUAUAUUUUAACUUUAAGAAAUUAACGGUAUGCAAGUUAAUCAAUUUAAAUGUUCACAUAAUGUUAUGUUAAGAGACCAGAACAUUUUUUGGUGCAAUACCAUGUUUGCAUGUUUGUUAAAACAAUGGUCAUAACAGUUUUGUAUUUUAGGAAAUUCAUGGAUAAUUUUUUUUACCAUCAUUUUUGAAAUAUAAAUAUUAAACGGCAGCAAAAACACCAUAUUUACAUUAUCAGUCAUUGAUAUUGCCCAGUCUAGUAUUGUUUGUUUUUAUCUUGGUGCUGCUGGUUUUACAUCACUGUUAUCCAUAGGGUCAUUAAAUUAUAGUUUUGCAAAUCUUCUUCCAAGGUGAAAUGCACCAGUUCUAAAUUGAAAGUUGAAUCUUUUUAUUACUGUAAAAUGUUGUGAAACCUUAUUAAAACAUCAACUUAUAAUUGAUGGUGUUUUUUUCUGACAUAGUUAUGGUUCUUAAAACACACAGAUAAGCUAUUGUUACUGUUAUUUGUUGUUGCUACGUUUGUUUUUUGAUGUUGUUUUUGAAAAUUGAUCCCAGUGCGUAUAUAUUUCAGUAUUUAAUCAUCUUAAAAUAUUUAGAAUUAAUAAUGAAAGUCUUAAAUAAUCAAUUUAACAUAUUUUACUGUUUUCAAACAAAGUCAAGGAAAGAGGUGAUUUAAUUAUAAACAUUGUUCUACACUGGAUCAGGUUAACUUAUAUAAUGAGAUCAAUUUGUUGUUUCAAUUUUCAUUUUUUUACCAAUGAGCCAUAAAUAUGUUGAUAUUACUCAAUUCUCGGUACUCAAUUAUUUUAAAUACUGAAUUCUGCCAAAGUGUCUGUUGCUCGGCAAAUUUAUGAAUCUGUUUUUCUUUUAAACAAACAUGUUAACUAUCUCAUCGCAGUCUUUUUCAGUGAUUUCCUUUCAAAAAUUAUAAAUACUCAGUUUUAAUCCCUUUGUCAGUGUUUUUGUUCAGGUUCAAAUUCAGGGCCCUAUUCUCAAUGUAAAAAGUAUAUAUUGGGACCUAAAAAUUUCCAAUAAAAGGUUUAAAAAAAACUUUUAGAAGGGAAAAAUACGUCUAGGGCCUUCUCAAAGAAGACAAAACUUGCGACGGCAAUUAUCAGACCAUAGUCUACGAACUCCUGUUGCAGUUGAUUCCAUUUGCUGCACGUAUCAAAAUACAUGUUACAUCAACCAUCGAUAGAUGAAGCAUUCAUGAUCACAAUGGGGGACUGAUCGGGGAUGUGUGUACAAGGCGAUAAGAAAACAUUGCCUAGAGGCUUAUCUCGAUUGGCGAGCGUUAAUCCCCUUGUUCAUCAGGGACAAUAAAACAUAGCUGCUCUUUUGUUUUGAGGGAAAGUAUACUGUGGGCCCUUGCACGAGAGAAAAAAAUUGCAGUGGGGCGAUUAUUAAAAAAAAUCAUAGUUCGACAGCCAGCUGGGGGGGCCCGGCUGGGUUAUUUUUUAUUGCAUUGUCAAAUCGUUGUUACAAAGAGUGAUAUAGCUAAUGAACAAGUUUUGUCUAGUUAUAAUCAAGGAAUCAUAUUAGAAGAUUUUGAUGAGUACUAUUCCUAUCAUUUAAUUAUUUGUACCUAAACAUUUACUAUGAUUUAGCUUUUUUCCUUAUUUGCUAUUACCUUUGCUUAUUUCAACCAACUGCAAAGCAGUGUUUUAAUGUUUAAAGAAAAUUUAAAUAUCUAGCGUAUACUUCAAUACUUUUUAUAGUAUUGUAAGAUUGUUAAACCAUGUCAUUAUCUAAUAUUAAAGAAUUCUUCAGUACAUAUUGUUUUAUUCAUAAAACUAUUUUUUUUGUAUAAUUGUAUUACAUAUUUACAUAUUUGAAUUGUUCAUAAAGUUGUUAUUUUCGUAUCUUAUCAAAUGUUCAUGACUUAUUUGAAACAUUUCAUCAUGUAUUUUAUUAAAUUCAUAUAUUUCCAUUUACUUUAAUUACUAGAAAAUAACUUUAAAUCUAUGUUAACGCUAUUUUGUGUAAAACGUUGAAUAUAUCAAAUAAAUAUUUCAAAUUGUUAGGUAUCAUGUUUUGGGAUACACUUAUAUGUGAAACCAAUAUAUAAAAUUUACAAUCAAUGUUGUUAUCUUUUUACUUUACGAUAACAUUACCGGUAAAUACCAUACGUAAGCAACCCUAAAUAUAAGUAGACAUUUUCGUUGCUUCUAUUUUUUGAUACCGUAAAACGGGUGCUGGAGGUUUCGUCACAAUGCAGUUUCGUCACACUGAUAUUAUGAAGGAGGGCAGUGGAGGUUUCGUCACACUGAUAUAUUGUAUAGAAUAAAAUGAUAUUGCAAUUGAAUAUGAUGUUGUUAAUAAAUAUAUUGGGAUA